GUAUAUAUACAGGGGAGCCCAGCUUCUGGCUCUUCUGCUCCCUGUGGCAGUAAAAUAAAAAGGACAUAUCAUAUCAUAAUAUGGACAAUCUACAGUACUCCAUAGCCCCCACUUCGUCUCCCGGCGGCGGUUGGGGCCUCCGUCAUAUCGCCGCCUCCUGCAGCUUUCCCUCUCCUGGUACAGAGAACACGCCGCCGUGCAAGUGGCCGGACGUCGACGACUCCGGCGACGCGUGUACCGGCUACUUGCAGGAUGCUUUGUUUAACUUCAAUACAAAGAGGAGGAGGCUGUUACUGUUUGGUGAUGAUGAUGAUGAUCCAGCUGGCAAUUGCAAAGACUUGAAUGUUCUGUGGUUCGAUCAAUCAACCAAUGAAUGGCCAAUUUUCCAGAACAUCACAAAGCUGGAUUAUGAUGAUGAUGAUGAUGAUGAUUAUGGCCAGAACAUAAAGGUGCAGCAUUCUUAUGAGAAUUGGGAUGAUAGCAUUCCAUCCCCAGGAAGCGACGGCGGCGGCGAUCGGCGGCCAACGGAGAAGGCGUUGGCAAAAUUGGCGUACCCUUUCGCGGUGGUGAAGCCGGGAGGGACGGAAGGUGACCUCACGCUGGACGAAAUCAACGAGAGGAUUCUGAUGCCGCCGACAAGACCGGUGAAGCAUCCGGUCGGAGACUUUGCCUGCCGGCCGCUGGUUUCGCCGGACGGACCCGGCUUGUCCGGCAAGGCGGUGGUUGCUUUAACUAGAAUCCAGACUCGGGGCAGAGGGACCAUUACCAUUAUCAGGACUAGAGGCUAAGAGCAGUUGAUCUUGAAAAUUUAAAAAGAAAAAGUGAAAAAAGAAAAGAAGAAGAGAAAAGAAAGCGAUAUUCCGUAU